AGUGUUCCUAAACCCAGGACCCUGCAUUCACUAUAUCUGGUCUCCCACAGUACCCAGCUGCACUGGGGGGGAUUUCAAGAUCUAGCAGUUAAAGUGUUAGUAAACCUAGGACCCUGCAUUCACUAUAUCCGGUCUCCCCGGACCCUGCAUUCACUAUAUCCGGUCUCCCCGGACCCUGCAUUCACUAUAUCCGGUCUCCCCGGACCCUGCAUUCACUAUAUCCGGUCUCCCCGGACCCUGCAUUCACUAUAUCCGGUCUCCCAGGACCCCGCAUUCACUAUAUCCGGUCUCCCCGGACCCAGCAUUCACUAUAUCCGGUCUCCCCGGACCCUGCAUUCACUAUAUCUGGUCUCCCAGGACCCUGCAUUCACUAUAUCUGGUCUCCCCGGACCCAGCAUUCACUAUAUCUGGUCUCCCCGGACCCCGCAUUCACUAUAUCUGGUCUCCCCGGACCCCGCAUUCACUAUAUCUGGUCUCCCAGGACCCUGCAUUCACUAUAUCUGGUCUCCCCGGACCCUGCAUUCACUAUAUCUGGCCUCC